AUGGCUCGUGAAACUGGCCAACGGGUUGACUGCUCGGGCUUAGCGCUGCAGUGGGCUUCUUCUCCGGAGAUCAGGCAGAGGCUUCGCAGCGGCGAAUCUUUGAUUCAUCCUGCCACGAAGGAUAAAAUCCUGAUUAAGACUGCUUCGCUGAAUGGGCCAGUACUGCAACCUGUUUGUGACAUCAUGGCGAGCUUUCGCGACAGCCUUGGCGACGGGAAGAUUCCGCCGUCUCCGGCGGUGGAAGACCUGCGCGAGGAGGUGAAGGCUUUGAUGGAGAUGGGGAAACAGGAAGUUUCUUUCGAUGUUGUGGACAAAGCAGCUUGGAACGUUCGCAAAUUCAUAGCUUUCGUAAAGCUGAAGAUUCGCAAGCGUGAAGUGUCCACCGUAAUGUCAAAGCUCAAGCGAGCCAUCCAGGAUCCUGUGUUUCAGCAGCUCAUCGUGACUUUGGAUCCGCACAUGCAAGCGGAUGAGGACGAAGAUGAGAUUGACGAAGCUCGACCCUCGGGAGCAGAUGCACCCGCAGCUGCGGCAGGAGCAGUCGUUGAAUCCGCUGGAGCACCCGCCCCAACUGAAGCACUCCCUGCAGGAGCAGUUGUGCCCACUGGAGCUGCACCCGCCCCAGUGGUGAUUGAGAUUCCCGAUGAUGUCGUGAAGGAAGAACCCGAGGAGCCGGACCCAAUCAGGGCUGCACCGCUGGAGCCUUGCCCAAAGACCCCACCCAGGAGGCUACGGGCUUCGAAAGCUUCGCCAGCAUCCAUGGAGUCGGAGAGCACCGAUGAGGGAUCAGGUGUUGGAAGGGUGGAAUGCCCAAGUGGACCUCCUUCGGAACGCAGCAGUUUCGCAACGGAUGAGACGCAACCAGUGAACAUUAUGGAAGCUGUUGUGCCCCCCGAAGCUGCGGUCUUGACUGAUGACAGUGAGACGGCAGCAGAGAAGCGCAGAGCCUUCCAGGGCGUGCCGUCAACACCGACGGAGCCCAUGACUGGGAGAACUACUGUCUUCACUCCGAGCGAAGAGGCCUUGGGUGAUGAGUCGCCAGCAACCCGAGCCAAACAGUUGGCUAUGAGAGCAGGCAAGAAGCAUAAGAAGAACAAGAAAGGAGUGAAGACGGCCAAGAAAUCCACAAAAAAAAGGGGCAACAAGAAAAAGGCUCCGGCGGCUACGGGGUCCCCAAGCAAAAGGCGACUAAGCCUUCUGCGCCGCAGCAAGUCCUCGCUGGAGACCGAGGAUUCCGACCCAGGCGCCGUUUCCAAGCCGAGCCGUGCUGUUUCCAAGCAGAGGCGUGGUUCCAAGCCAGCUGCUGUUUCCAAGCCGAGCCGUGAUUCCAAGCCAGCGAAGGCCAAGGCGACGGCGAAAGGGAAGGCCAAGAGUGCCAAGAGUGACACGAGUGCAGACAAGAAUGAUAAGAAGAGAGCCCGCUCGUGCUCGUCCCUCGAAGUGGUGAUGCCCACCACCCUUGAGGGCUGGGCUGAUGUGGAUAUCCGAGUGUUGAUGAUUGCCUUUGCCAGGGAGCACUUUGAUUACAAGGAUGCUGCGAUGCCUGAGUUCAAGCUUCUCAUGCGAGAGGUGUUGCCCAGUUCUUCAGAGCAUGAGGUUGCAACUUUGAAUAUCUAUUGGACCAGGUUUUCCUGCGGAGUGACCAUCAAGAAAACCAAGCAUGACAUUGGCAGCUUCCACUUGCCCCACAAGACAUGUGCCCCCAACCUGCGGCUGGCAGUUCAGUUCCUGGACAUGCUGUUGGCGGAGCCGUGCCCCAACACGGAUGGCAAGCUCUAUGGCGACCUCCCGGUCGAGGACAUGGUGAAAUCCGAGGUGGUCACUGAUGUCAUGGAGGCCUUGAAGGCUGAUGGGGCAGAGGCUGUUGAAGAGAUUGCUGGGUGGGGCGCAAGUCCCAACUACGAGAAGUUCUGCUCGAAGGAAGGCUUGGACGCACAGUGCGAGCAAGAGCGUGCACAAGAGUUCGUGCUCUGCCUCCUGCUUUUGAUAUGGUGCUAUGGUGAUAUUGGCCAGGCCACCCGUGUUUGUUGGUGGAUGAGCCACUACGGAAGCCCAACACCCAAGCGACAGUACCUGUGGGCGAAUUGUCCGUGUGUGAAGGCCAUCGACCAGGGCAAACUCCAGAUGGUCACCUUGCGACGUGGCCGUGGCGAAGGUGCUUCCGGAAAGACGGCAAGGUAUUUCAGGGACAAGAAGGGAAAGAAGUGCUGGGAGGGUACUAAAUGGCUGAAGAGAACAGAGGAGUAUCCUCUGGCUUUUGCACGGAAGCUGGUGAGCAUGAACAAAGACUUGACCUCUGGUGCUUCUGGGCAGCCACCGCUACCAACUCCUGUGCCUGAUGCCCUUGACACCUUCAGAAGCAUGAGUUUUGGAGAGGAUUCCGAGCUUUGGCAGUAUGCACAGCUGUCUGAUGUUUUCACCUAUAUCCGAGGCAGUAAGCGCCUCUGCAUCCCCACCAGAUGGGCACCUUUCAUUCCGAAAGCAUUCCCAGGUUUGUCCUAG